AGCUCUAUUAAGUAGUAGACCCGUUUGGGGCUGCAUCGUCAAAGCGUUCGGUGGGAAGCGCGCUGGGAACGCACAACGGAAGUUUGUGGCGCAAUCCUCAGCAAUCGCAAACACGCAAACUAGCAUUCGCUGCAACAUCCCAACUUCGUUACAGGCAUCAAAAAGGGUUUACAGCCUCAACGCCCUCCAAAGCAACAGCCGCGUGGUGUCCCCAAUCCGGGCUCUUCCUAGCCUGCGACACGGCCACGUGUGGUCGACUCAUCCCGCGCAUGUGCAAAUCUUCCGAAGCACCCCCACCCCCAUUCAUCGUACGCCUUUCGUCGCCUGCUGCUUUUCCCUUCUAGUGCAAGAGGAAAGGGGGAGGCGAAGUGGGGGAAGGGCAAUGACCUCAGCUGCUUCCCGCCGCCUCCUUCGUACUCUGGUCGGCAUGGGAGACGCCGUUUCCUAUUCUCCGCAGAUACCCAGUAAGGAAGAGGCCCCGCCUGGUAGAAACCAGAGCCUUGUCCGUAUCCCAAGUAAACACCAUGUCAAUGGGAACUGUAUAGUUGAACCUUUUCCAGAGGGAAUGCACAUGGCAAUAUUUGGUAUGGGCUGUUUCUGGGGAGCAGAAAGAAAAUUUUGGAGGCAGAAGGGAGUCUACUCAACUCAAGUGGGCUAUGCAGGAGGACAUACCCUAAAUCCCACCUAUGAAGAGGUCUGUUCAGGAAAAACUGGCCAUGCCGAAGCUGUGCGAGUGGUAUAUCAGCCGGAAACCAUCAGUUUUGAGAAACUACUCAAGGUCUUCUGGGAGAAUCAUGACCCAACGCAAGGAAUGCGGCAGGGGAAUGAUGUUGGCACACAGUAUAGAUCUGCUAUCUACACAUACUCCUCAGAACAGAUGGAAGCUGCCCUGAGAUCCAAAGAAGAUUACCAGAAGGUGUUGACAGCGAAUGGCUUUGGUGCGAUCACAACUGAAAUCCGUGAAGCUCCGGAGUUCUACUAUGCUGAAGAUUACCACCAGCAGUAUCUAAGCAAGCACCCCAGUGGGUACUGCGGUCUUCGAGGCACUGGGGUUUCCUGUUCUGUUGGAGGGAAGGAGUGAGCUUGACUCAUGCAAUGAUGUUCAACACUUCAGUACAAACCGAGCUCAGGAUUGGUGCUACAGUUUGGCUGCCGUCUUCAGUGUACUUACCCACAAGCAAGCGCCACGGUAUCUUCUCAUAAGUAAAAGAUUGAGGGCUGAGCACUGUGUAAAUGCAGCAAAACAGAACGUGAAGCCUUUUGUGAACUGUACCACAGCAGAUGGGGGAAAUCAUGUUUUUGAACGCUCUCCCACAUCAAAUUCCAUAAAUAUAGAAAAUAGCAGAGGAAGGCUUGGCCUUCUGUGGUGUACCAGUUUUAGGAGGGUUUUUUUUUAAGCGUGGAGGGGAGGCAUUAGAAAUGCCACCCCUCAUCUGGAGUUUCUAAUUUUGUUGAACAUGUAUGCACCAGACUCCCAGCACCAUCACUCCGCUUCCCCACACACACACACACACAUACUUACAACAGUAGGAACUGAAUGGGUGUUGCACUAGAUAAAUUUCUGGACCAGAAUUGGUAGGCAAAGGGAGCAUAUGUGCAGGGAGUAGAGAAAUGGAGGUAAUGGAAAACACACAUUUACAGCCUCCCUGGUGGGCGGGGAGGGGAAUCCACUGCAGGGAUUUGGAGUAAUGAAACGGCGGGGGGAGGGGGGGGGCUAACCAGAAUGUUUGCUCAAACACACCAUUUCUCCAUUCUCCACUUCUUUCUCCCAAUGUUGCUUUUUAAAAAAAUUGCAUCAGGGCUCAGUUACCAAAUGUCUGGCUGCGUCCUCAGCUCCUUAACCCUGUGCUGGAUGUACAUUUGUUGCUGUGCUUGGAGAGUUUAAUUUUUGCAAAGGGAGUCCUGGGUAGAGGUUCCGUAGGCACAGCUUACCAUGCCCGCUUAAUAGCUGUGGUUCAAAGGCUUCUGUGGACCUCUUAAGAGGGGGGGGCUUUGCUGAUGGUAAGUGUGAAAAUCGAGAGUUUUUACUUUUGGGAGCCCUCAGGUGAAGGAGUUGCAAGGUUUUUUUCUGCAGCACAAAAGGAAGUUUGCGAUCUUAACUUUAAGCUGUUUCAC